ACCCACCAUAACACCACAAGACGAAGAAGCAGCUAACAGGAAGCCGAAUACAAUAAUGAGGACAGGCGCAGGAAUUGGAAGAGAGUAACGAGUCCAAACGUUGCUCUUUACUGUCGUUACAACUCCCCUUGAUACAGCAUCCUCUUCAUCCUCCUCGCCACAGGAGGAACAAGCAGCCAGCCACCUGUGUAUGAAGACAAGUCACAGGCAGCUAUGUCUUCAGCGGUGGAUCUUAAGACCAAGGAGGAGAAGGAUGCAGAGUUAGACAAACGAAUUGAAGCUCUGAGAAAGAAAAAUGAAGCUCUGGUCAAGAGGUAUCAGGAAAUAGAGGAAGACAAGAAGAAGGCAGAGCAGGAGGGCAUCGCCGUGACAACACCUCGGAAACCCCGCCCCCACGAGCCAGAGACGGACAGGAGGAAGUCGGACAAGGAAAACUUCACUGUCACAGUCGACCUUUCGAAGCAGUCGGGGGACAAGAGAGUCGUGAAUGAUUGGAAAUCCGGAGCGCCUCGUGGCCGGAAGACGUCAGAGGAGAGCGACGGCUACCGAGGAGGGCCAAACGAAGGCCACAGAGGAGAGCCAAACGAUGGUCACAGAGGAGGGCCAAACGAAGGCCACAGAGGAGAGCCAAACGAUGGUCACAGAGGAGGGCCAAACGACGGCCACCGAGAAAGGCCAAAUCACGGCCCCGAGGGCCCAGCGACAGCCACCGAGGAGGGCCAAACGAAGGCCACCGAGGAGGGCCAAACGAAGGCCACCGAGGAGGGCCAAACGAUGGUCACAGAGGAGGGCCAAACGAAGGCCACCGAGGAGGGCCAAAUGAUGGUCACCGAGGAGAGCCAAACGAUGGCCACCGAGGAGAGCCAAAUGAUGGCCACCGAGGAGGGUCAAACGACGGUCACCGAGGGCCCAGCGACGGCCAUAGCCCCCCAAGGAGGAUGGGGUCUGGACAUGAGUCGGGGAAGUCAGAGAGGAGGAGGAGGAGGCCGCCAUGAAAGAAGAGAAUGGGAACCCAGGACACCCAGAGAUGGAGAACCUGGAGAGUCAGUAGCACAUGGACGUAGAGGAGGAAGGAGAGGAAGAGGAGGAGGCGAGGGAAGAGGAAGAGGAGGAGGCGAAGGAAGAGGAGGAGGCGAAGGAAGAGGAGGAGAAGGAGGUGGAGGUGGAGGAGGAGGAGGAGGAGGAGGAGAAGGAGGAGGGACACCAGGUGGCAUGGACAGGAAAUCCAAGGAAUGGGAGGAGAAGAGACGACAGAACAUUGAGAAGAUGAAUGAAGAAAUGGAGAAAAUAGCAGAGUAUGAGAGAGGACAGCGGCAGGAUGGAGACAAGCCGAUCCGAAACUUCCUGGACGACCCGAGACGUUCAGGCCCAGCGCCAGACAUAGACCGCAAGGAGGGCAGCAGGAGACAUGUACGAAACUGGGGAGGACUGGACUUUGAUAACGUGAAGACAGGAGCUGAACUGGAAAAAGAGUGGACCAGUCGAAGGCCCGGACAGAAAGGCUCUAUGGACAUGACCAUGUCAAUGACCGGCCGGGAGAGAGCAGAGUACCUGCGCUGGAAGAAGGAGCGCGAGCAGAUUGACGAGGAGAGACUAGCACGCCAUCGUAACGCCACAGGCCAGUGGAGACGAGAGUGGGACGCACAGAAGACGGAGAACAUGUUCAAGGAGGACCCAUAUGGGGCCUCAGAGGGCAUCACACCCGAGCAAGGCAGCAGGAGAGCCCGGGGGCGUAACUGUCGUACAGAGCCUCGGGGCAGGGCCUCAGACGACAGUAAGCGGCCUCCUAAAGCUCCGACCAUUGGCGACUUCCUGUCCCAGGGCAGGACCCCAGGGCAAAGAGGCGAGCGGGGCAGAGGUAGGGGCCGAGGACAGAAACCGAGCUACAGCAUGCACGACAACCGCUGGGAAGGAGAGAAGGAAGAGGAGGACAAUACAAAGAGAGAGGAGAAGACCAAAAAGGAGGAAAAGGAAGGAAAAUCCAAACCUCCCACAGCACAGAAGGUGGAGUCCAAGAACGGAGACGGAGAAGAUGACGACGAAGAAUGGGAGGACGCCAGUGACGGAGACGACGACGAGGGGAGCGACUCGGAGCACGACUCCAGGGGCGAUGAGAAGAAAGACACCGGGAAAGAGAAACCAACCAAGAGCAAAGACAACUCCCGUACGUCUCCCACGCCUCGUUCCCGACGGACGUCGGCAGGAAGCCCCAAAGAGCAGCGGCCCCCCAGGCCCAAGAUCCACAUCCCCCCACCGUCAGCAGUUCAGGAGUCACCAGAGGGAGGCAAGCCCCUCAGCCCUUUCUACCCGCUGGACGGCCACCAGCCUGUGUCAGACUGGGGGGAGGAGAUGGAGAUGCUGUCGCCCCGGAGCAGCAUGGAAGGCGAGAGCCCACUGAAACCCCCCAGCGUUGAGGCCAGCCCCCCCCAGAAGAAGGAGCAGGAGCUGGAGGAGGAGACAGAGAGCCAAGCUGCCGGCUCCGGUGAACCCACUGAGCCACAGAAAGAGGAGGAAGCAGCCAUAGAUAUUUCCUCUCCUUCAGAAAAGACUAAAGCCCAGCAGACCGUGAUAGUGUCAGAACCAGAGUCCGUCCCCACAGAGUCCCCCACCGCACCGCCAUCUGACCCCGCCCCCUGUGAGGUUUCUGACCCCGCCCCCUGUGAGGUUUCUGACCCCGCCCCCUGUGAGGCUUCUGACCCCGCCCCCUGUGAGGUUUCUGACCCCGCCCCCUGUGAGGUUUCUGACCCCGCCCCCUGUGAGGCUUCUGACCCCGCCCCCUGUGAGGUUGCUGUGUCGAAUGACCAGGAUGCACCUGCUGCCCCAUCACAAGAAGACCAACUGGUCACCCCUCCUCCGUCUCCAGCCGUCCUGGAGGCUGACCAGAGCGCCUCUGAACCAGCAGGAGGGAAAGAUGACCACCCGGCGCCCGCUGCUCCGACCGACGCUGCUCCGACCGACGCUGCUCCGACCGACGCUGCUCCGUCCGACGCUGCUCCGACCGACGCUGCUCCGACCGACGCUGCUCCGACCGACGCUGCUCCGACCGACGCUGCUCCGACCGACGCUGCUCCGACAGCAGAGCCAGUGGAGUCGUCGGAGCAGACGUCCUCAGGCUGAAGCUGCUGGGAACAAACGGACUCACUUCUGAGGCGGAUGGAAACAUGAGACGGACUGUGCCGCCGCCGUGGACGGACCUCUCUCUCUCUCACUCUCUCUCAGCUGUUUCUUUUGGAUCAGUGGGUCUGAUCACCUCUGGGCCGCCGCCAUGCUUUGUCUCUCUCUGUUAAGUAUUAAGAUACGAAGAGUGAAAUCGGCGUCAGUCGCUGGUUUUCAAAAUGUUUUGUUCUCACCGUGGAGUCUCAAGGUUUUCUGGGCUGGUAAAAUGAACGGAGCGUCAUUUGAUUUUGUCCAAAAGACCACACGUGUAGAUAUGUUUUCACCGAUCGUUUAAGAAAAAUGACACCCUCGAAAACUUCACAGAAGUCGGCGACAAGCCAAAUCUCCCCCCUUUUUCUUUUUUUUUUCUUUGUUUUAGGUGAUGAUAACAAUUGUGGUUUGCAGCACUGACAUGUUGUAGGCUGAUCCAUUUUCAUGCACAGUCUUUUGCCCAUUGAUAACACCCCUAAACCAGGCAGAUGCUUGCUGAGCCGGGCCGGUCCACGCUGAAUGAAGCAGGAUAUGCGGGCAGGUUUUGUACUGUAUGUAGAAAACUCACAACACCAAGCCCUACCUGACCUGAGAUCAUUAUAUAGAAGCUUUCAGAGGACCAGUUUGGAGGUCCACAUGUUUUUCUUUUAAACAUACCGCUCAGCUGUCUCAGGAACAGAACAGAUGUGGCUCAUUUCUGUGUUUUGUCUUGAAAAUAAUCCCUUCAUUAACGAUUGAUUGGAUUAAUUCAGCCUCUUAACUAGUGCCAGCUUAACGAGUUAACCAUAGCAUGUGGCGACCUUCUGUCUUGUUGUAAACACGGAUAACGUAUUUAAUAGAAGCCUGUGUUAAUAGCUGCUACUACUGUAGGUAUAUUUUUAAAGAGUACUCCACCGAUUUAGCGCUGAACGCCAAUAACGUUACCCACAAUGCAAUUUGACCACCGACAAGAGGUAUCCCAGAUUAUCAGAUUUUGUGCAGCUCCCCCCGGAGCAAAGAAAAGGCUUUAUAAAGCUUUUUUUUUUCCACAUCCCCAACAUCUGUAAACAGACUUUUGAUGUGUAAUAUCGGAGGAAUACCUUUUUUUAUAUUGAUUGCGUUGCCAGUUUUUGUCUGUUGGUUACAAGUCCCAGUGUUGGAUUAGAGACUAAAACAAGACCACAAAACAAUCGCCUCUCGUUGCAGUUGCGCUGAUCUUUUUGUUGCAACUUCAAAGCUUCGGCUGUGAGUGAUUUCCAUCUUGUGACUGUUUCAAAUCUCAGUGAUCACCAUUAGGUUGCAUUCACACCAAAUCAGGCAUUGCUGCGAAAACGCCAGUCCUCUCAUUCAUUUGAAUGUGGGUAGUGCAAGGGAUUUUGUUUUUAAAAUACGUGCAGGGGCAAAAGUUGAAACGGAAUGAAUUUUAUGGAGAAACGCAGCCCGACGUCUCGCUGCAGUGGCCAAUCACGUAACCCGCGAUCAAAUAAAAACCCAAUGGAGUGUUACGUUAUUAUGUGUAGUCACUCAAUUUGGCCUAAUGCACCAGUUUAAACCUAACAUAAUGAAAGACCUCACAUCCUGGCUAGCUAUCGAAAGUAGAUGUUUUCUUAAUUUGUCGAUGCGGACAGACAAUCACUCGUAGGAACCAGCAUACUAGCAGCAUAACUAAAUUCCACUGUAGCACCUAGGAAACAGUGUUCAUGAUGCAGAGAUGGGACUCCAGCCUACAGCCUGCAUUGCUCUUUGGUUUUAUUUUGUGGAUUUUACUUAUUGGGACAUGGAAAUAGUUUUUAUAUCCGACCCACUGACACUCUUAUAUUUUUACUUCUAAAGACAUCUGGACACACUAAAGAUCUUUCAAAAAUAAGAAUCUUCAGCCCUACCGUUUACAUGAGCUUCGCAGCAGGUAUAUCGUGAUGUUUUAAGUGUAAUUUAUUUUUUAUGUUUUGCAUCAGAGCCAGCUGUGCAGGCCUGCUGUUGUUGAAUAACCGACUUCAAUGAGCAGCCAUUCAUCUGAGAUGUUCUCACCCAGAUUAACUGAUUAAGAUGUGUUGCUUGAGGGCACUUCGCUACAACAUCCCCCUCGUCUCAAAUCCAUCAAAAUACCUAUUAUGUACUUAGAGGCGGCGGUCCAUUUGCUGUUUUUAAAUUAUUUAAUUCACAAUCAUGAUUACUAAAAAGAUGUGACUUUGAUUUUCUCUGACGCAGACUGCGCUGUCAUUUUGUGAAUCCAUACUUCUAGAGAGAAAUCUUUUCAUAUCCGUCUGGGAAGAGUUCCCCUCUCUAUAGGGGACACACUGCCUUUUUAAUUGUUUUUAAAAUCAAGGAUCUCGCUUUACGUUAUGAGUGUUAUUGGCUUUACGUUAAAUAUAUAUAUUUUUGUUUAACAGCCAUGUUUUGAGGACAUAACUGUCUCUUAUUUAGAAAGAAAGAGCCGUUUUAUUUUGGUAUGAAAGCCUUCACUCAUACCUCAGCAGAUCAAGGGCUUUUGGUUUGGUUUGUUUUUGAGUGUGUGCUUGGUUUCCGCAAAGUCUUUGAAUCAUGCCUGUGGACGCUGGGAUAAAUGGGUUGCUUUAAUGUUUUUGUGUUCUGUAUCAGAGGAAUAGAAAUUAUGCAUUUGGAUCGAAAGGAACGGCAAUAUGUACAGUUUGUAAAUGGAAAUGAACAUUCCACCUUUGGGGCAAAAUGUAGCCUGUGAGCUAUAAAACCGUUUUGCAUAUGGAUAUUUGUUUUUCUGAGCUUCGAUGACUGAUUGUAACUUAGGCAGGAGAAAUUUCAACGUGUUAAUCUAUUUCUACAACGUCUUCCUGUUUGAUACAUGAAAUUGUUUUAAGAACUAACAAGGUUGCGGUUUUCAGAAAGAUUAUCAGGACUAGCAUGAAUCCAAAAUUUUAGCUUUUUAAUGUUAUCAAAGCCAUCAAUUAAAUAAAUGUCCCCAACAUCACAUCAGAGAGAGCUGUAAUGUUUGUACCCACAGGAAAUGUAAAGCACGCAGUUGCUUUUAGCAGUUUUUGUUUCUCUUAUUUAGCCAAUAAAUGUAUUUCUCUGAU